CAUUUCCCCUCUUCCCAGAGAGGACACCAGAGGCGGAGCUCGAGCCCUCUCGCAGCUCGCGGCCAUGGCCCCCUCCUGCGGCGCCGCCGUGCCGUACACCCUCCUGGGCGCGCUCCUCAGCGGCGGCUCGUAUGCCCCGUCCUGGCCGGCGUGCGGCGGCCGCGCCUUCCUCCGCGACUACGCCCAGCGCGGCACCAACGCGAUGCUGUGGCUGGGGUUCCUCGCCGUCACGUUGGUCCUGCUCCGCCGCAUCGCCGCGCUCCUCCGCCUCUGGGCCCUCGGCUCCCGCCUCCCCGGCCCACCGGCCCUCCUCGCCGACCCCGGCCUCGCCGCCGUCUGCCGCGCCGGCGGCGACAUCACCGGCUAUCUAUCAAAAUUGCAUGGCAGUUUUGGACCAAUUGUUCGAUUGUGGUUAGGACCAUCUCAACUACUUGUCUCAGUUAAAGAUGCUUCCCUAAUCAAAGAGAUGCUAACAAAAGCUGAAGAUAAGUUACCACUGACUGGGAGGACAUAUAGUUUAGCUUGUGGAAGACUUGGCCUAUUCAUUUCCUCAUUCGAAAAGGUCGAAAGUACCAGGGAAUCACUGAACAUAUUCUUGAAUGAAAAACUUAACGUCGCUGCCAGUGAAAGUUCUUUCAAGAUCAUUGAAGCUGUUCUCCAUAGAACCGACUCUACUAAGGACAAGGAUUCUCUGGACUGCAGAUCUUUUUCCCAACACAUGGCAUUUAACAUCAUCGGUGCAGCUCUUUUUGGUGAUGUCUUGUUUGAUUGGUCUGAUGCUGCAGCAUAUGAGGAGCUUCUGAUGGUUGUUGCAAAGGACGGCUGCUUCUGGGCUUCGUAUGCGGUUCCCCCAUUUUGGAAACCUGGUUAUAGGAGGUACCGGACCCUAUGCGCUAAGCUGAAGAUCUUAACAGAAAGCAUCAUCAGAAAAUCCAUAGACCAAAAUGGUGCACUUAGACAUAACAAUCUGAGCUCCUGUAAGAUAAGUGAAGGGGUGGUAAAAGAUCCAGUUAGAUGUACUUCUCUGCUAGAUGGGAUGAUAUCAGGUCGUGGUUUCGAUGGGGCUGUGCAAGGGCCUCUCAGUUCAGAAGAAGAAAUAUGUGGGAAUAUCGUGGGUUUGAUGCUGCAUGGAAUUUCCACAUCUGCUAACUUGAUCUGCAACAUUUUGACGAGACUUGUCUUGUAUCCAAAGCUGAAAGACCAGCUAUAUGCAGAUAUUGUUGCAGUUCACACUGAAUCAUCUGAGCUGGUGAUGGAUGACGUGCUUAAGAUGCAAUUUGUACUUGCCACUGUUUGUGAAUCUGCUCGCCUUUUGCCUGCUGGACCUCUUCUCCAGCGAUGUUCUAUGCAAUACGAUUUGACUCUCAAAUCUAGCAGCACUAUACCAGCUGAAGCGAUAUUGGUUGUUCCUCUGCAUCUCGUGCAGAUGGAUGCUUCUAUAUGGGGAAAUGAUGCUUGCCAGUUCAAUCNUUCUUUUCUGACUCAGUUUUCUUAUUUUACUGUAGGAAUAUUAGCAGCGCAUAAAGGCUCAAAUGGGAUCAAGCUUUUUACCGAGCGUGAUAAGUCUGACUCAUUUCUUCCAUUUGGUUCUGGGAAUCGAGCAUGUGUUGGGCAGAAGUUUGCAAUUCUUGGGAUCUCUAUGUUGGUUGCCUCUCUUCUCCACAACUACGAGGUGCAGCCUCAACCAGCUUUAACCAAAGAAAUGGGCUUGGCAGUUGACAGCAGCAACCUUCGCCAUCUUCCAAACCCCAAAAUCAUCCUCACAAAAAGAAAGAUUUGAAGCAAGAGUUCAGCGAUCAAACUUUGACGCCUUACCUUAUGCAUUUAUAUGUUUUUUUUACUGGUGUUGCACCAGGGUAUGAUCUCUAGUCUGCUCUCCUACCGUCGUUUCAACCACGCUGAAGUUUGGAAAAGGUGCUACUUUGCGACCGUGGAAGGUUUUUUCCUCCAGAUUUUUUACAGCCCCGAUGAGCCUUGUUACACCUAGUUGUUAUUAGCGUUUUGAGGUGCUGUGGGCUGUGAAAUCACAGGAGGUGUUGUUUGCCGACGUGCAUAUAAACCAAUAGUUUUCUGCAGUUUUUUUCCUUCCGGUCUUUUCUCCUCCCCUGUGGAGGACUGUAAGUCUGUAAUGUCCGUCCAAUGCACAAUGACAUAUUGUAUGCUGUAUAUGUAUCUCAUACACAAAACUGUGCAUUAUACAUAUAUGGUCAGGAUGUUGUCUGAAAACGUCUCGUUUAA